AUGCAUCCUGCAGCGGUGGAAGCUAUUAAAAAUAAACACUAUGUUGAUGAUUACUUAGAUAGUGUUGACUCGAUAGACACGGCACAACAGUUGAUCGCUGACGUCACCCACAUUCACCGAGCUGGUGGUUUUGAUAUCAGGGGGUGGGUGACAAAUUCACCUGAAUUGAGUGAAAAGCUGCCAGCUGUAGUGCCGGGUCGUGUUAAACUAGACAAGUCGGAAAAUGAACGCACGUUAGGUAUGAUCUGGUGUCCGUCGAGCGACUGUAUGAAUUUUGAUUUGUCGUUUAAGCGCUUGCCGGCGGAGUUGGUUGAAGGUCAGAUCAAACCUACCAAACGUCAAUUUCUCAAAUUUAUUAUCUGGUUCGAAUGGCUAAGUAAGUUGAAAGCUCUAUCUGCCGUUGCAGUACCACGAUGGUACGGUCUGCAACGGACAGCAGCGGUAGACCUCUAUGUUUUUGGUGAUGCCAGUGAAAAAGCGUACGCCGCUGUGGGAUUCCUGGUUGGUACUGACAGUGGCGGCAAUAGGGUAUGUACUAUGGUGGGAGGAAAGGCACGCGUGACCCCUGUGAAGGUAGUUUCCAUUCCGCGUUUGGAACUACAGGCCGCCGUGUUAGCAUGUAGACUAGCAGUGACAAUAAAAUCUGAAGUAGAUUUCGCUAUCACAAACUUGUACCUCUGGUCUGACUCAAAAACAGUUCUUAUGUGGAUUAAUUCCGACGCACGCGACUAUCAAAGAUACGUUUCGCAUAGAUUAGCAGAGAUUGACAAUUUAAGUAAGCGAAGCGACUGGCACUGGGCUCCUUCAGAAUCCAAUCCUGCUGAUGAGGCAACCAGGAUGGACUGGCCUAAUGACAAAGGCAUGUGGCUUUCGGGUUCCCCCUUUCUGUGUAAUCCACAGGUACCAUGGCCGAGCUGGAGCCAUGACGAGACCCCCGCUGAUCCUGAGCGCUUGGAGAGGGCGCACGUGGUAGCUGAAGCCACCCCAGGUCAGUUCAUCGAUGUCACACGGUACUCCACAUGGACGCGGGCUGUGCGCGUCACUGCACGCGUGCUUGCAUUUAUACGCGCAUGUCGAAGUAAGCGGCGGACAGCGGACGAACUAACUAUGGACGUCCUGCAGGAGGCUGAGCGGGUUCUAUUGAAACAGGCGCAGGCUCGUUCCUUCCCCGAGGAGCUGAGAGCGCUACAGGCGGGACGCUCGAUUUCUAGGUCCAGCCGCCUGCUAAAGUUGGAUCCUGUAAUCGGCGAGGAUGAGCUUCUUCGCGUUAGGGGCCGCCUUGGGGCGUCAACUGAGUUGUCGUUCGACGAAAGACACCCAAUUAUCCUCGAAGGUAGCUGUCGUAGCACGCGGCUGCUGGUACAUCACUAUCAUUGCCGUACGCUGCACGCGAACCACGAAACCGUCGUCAACAACUUGAGAGAGAGGUUCUGGGUGACUUGCCUUCGCCCAACUGUAAAGGCAGUCGUUGCGCGCUGCCAAUAUUGCCGCGUGCAGCGCGCGCAGCCUAAACCACAGACGAUGGGAGACUUACCACCCGUAAGACUUACCACGACACGACGAGCAUUCGUCAACUGCGGGAUCGAUUAUUUCGGUCCUAUGGAGAUCACAAUUGGACGGCGCCGGGAGAAACGGUGGGGCGUGUUGUUUACCUGCUUGGCUACACGCGCCAUUCACCUCGAGUUGGCUGCGUCGCUUAGUAGUGAUUCUGCCAUACUGGCCUUGCGCCGCUUGAUAGCGCGCCGCGGGCAACCAGCGAUGAUUUUGAGUGACUGCGGAACAAACUUCGUAGGAGCGAACAAGGAACUGCGCACCGCUCUACGAAACUUGAACACCGAGCGACUUCAAGGAGAGGCCUUGUCUAAGGGCAUUGAAUGGCGGUUCAACCCGCCAGCAGCUCCACACAUGGGUGGUACGUGGGAGCGUCUCAUUCGCUCCGUGAAGAAUGCGCUUCAUGCUACACUGAAGGAACGCGCGCCAUCCAAAGAAGUCCUGCACACCGCCAUGCUGGAAGCGGAACUGGUCGUGAAUAGUCGGCCACUUGCUUAUGUAGCGACUGAUCACAACGAACCGGUCGUACUCACGCCAAACCAUCUCCUGCUUGGAACAGCGACGGGUGAAACCCGCAUGACGACCUUCGAUCCCUCUGACGUCAAUGCUCGCCGCCAAUGGAAGAAGGCAAACGCGCUGGCCGAGAUGUUCUGGCGGCGGUGGACCAGAGAAUAUUUGCCCACCCUUCAGAAACGACAGAAGUGGACAUCGGAAACGGAUCCUGUCAAAGUGGGUGAUGUAGUGGUGUUGUGUGACGGCAAACAGCCGCGUAAUAUGUGGCCCCGUGGCAUAAUAACCAAAGUGUUUCCGGGAAGUGAUGGUCAUGUGCGUGUGGUAGACAUAAGAAAUCGCGUCGUCCUGUUGCUCGGAUAG